AUGCGGCGACCUUGGUGGCGGUGGGUGGCGGUCAUCCUUCUUGUGAUAACACCUCUCCAUUCUCAAGAAUGUGGUACAGUAAGGGGAAAGACGCUUUACAUUCCUUUGUGUGGGGAGACUGCUACAUACUCCUGGUAUCCCCUCCAGAUCGACCACAAUCUCAAAGUGAAACUGCAAGGAGAAAAGAUCGGAAAGAUAAAGGUAAACGGAACUAAAGAUAAGUUAAGCCACAAUAUCACCAUCAACAGAGAAUCUGCAAAGACAACGAAUCGUGUCGAGGGCUUUAUAUCAAUACCAACACUCAACUUUUCAGAAGAAUUUUCUUAUUCACAGAAAGACAAUCUUGUGUAUAUGAAAAUUAAAAGCAACCAUCCGAGUGACAUUAUUAGACAAAGUGGAAACAUUUCUUGCGGUUGUCCUCUUAACAGCACAGCAGAUCAUCCAGCGUCAACCACAAGGACAGUCAAAACCAGAACAACUCCCACAGAGCCAACCAAGCCCAGAACAAUUACCAGAGAGCCAACUAAGCCUACAACAAUUACCACAGAGCCAACUAAGCCUACAACAACUCCCACAGAGCCAACUAAGCCCAGAACAAAUACUACAGAGGCAACUAACACCAGAACAACUAACACCCAGCCCACCAAAUUAUCAACUGCUUUAGAAUGGUGGAUAUGGCCAGUUGUGAUGUUAUUUGCCUUAGCUGGAGGGAUGAGUGUCUUCAUCUUCAUACAUAUACGAAAGACACUUGCAAGAGUCCCACGCUCCACGGACACCUCACUUCAGGGAAACUUCUCAUUGCACUCUGCAAGGGAUGAGACUCAACGUUCCACUUACAGGCCUCCUGCCCAGGGGAUUCACAACCCGCAACACUCAAUGACCUACCCAACACCUCUCUACCACAACCUGUCGAGUACAGUAAGCUGGCACACUGUGAACUUUGAUGACGACGACUGCUACUUAGAUGAUCACAUAUACGAGGAGGUAGAUGAAGAGUUGAUGAGGAAGCGCAUGGAGGCCGACAGAAGGGCCACAGACACAUUUGUCGAGGGUGAACAGCGAGGGUCUGCUCAUGAAAGUGAUAAUAGUCUUUAUGGCUACUCUAUCAGUCCAUCAUCACAACAGUGAGUAGUCCUACAUCGUUUACGAGGAGUUGGUGGCUCUGAGGGUACUACCUCACGUUUCUUGAUACAUAUGAUCUACCAGUACACAGUAUGGGCAGGGCAAACCGUACCUCUAUGUCUCUUACAAGGUUAUAAACCUCUUCUAUAAGUGUAGUCACUCACCAGUGGGAGACAACCUGGUAUGACACAGGCACUUCAAGAUACUGACCUUCACCACCAAUACAUGUGAGGAUAUCACUAAGGCUACACGACAAGAUGAUCACAGUAAUUCUCUGCACACGAUAAAUAAUUUGGUCAUUUCAACGUCUUUUGUGAAUGUAUAUCAUGAUUUUUACGCUUUUU